ACAAAAACAAACGAAUCCGCGACCGGCUUUUCUUUUAGCAAACAUUUUCCUAAUUUUCCUGCUUAAACAGCUCCUUGAAACGAAAAUAACCAACCGACUGACCUGCCACAUCCUUCAGCCUUUGCAUGAAAUGCGCCAACACGCAGCGGUCAAAGGAAAGCGGUAAACAAAGAAAAUCACCAUGGAGGACUUUGCCAGCAUAAAACCCAACAGUUCGGUGGUCAAGUUGGCCUCCUGCCUGGAGAAGAUCUACGCCAAGGUGGUGGAGAGCCGGGAGAAGCAGUUGCCCGAGCACCAGAUCAAGGAAAUCGAGUUCCUCAAGACGCAAUGCAAGCACGACCACAUGCAACUCAGCCUGAUGAGCUGUCAGACGCUGGUGCGCCUGGUGGACGAGGGCGUCCUGGAGGCCAACGGGGUGCAGAACAGCCUGCUCUCCAUGCUGGCCAAUGCGGGUCCCAUGCACUUUGCCAUCAUCACAGAGAGCAUUUUGGGUCUGCAACUGCUGAACUUGAAACGCAAGACCUCGUCACUCAAGGAUCAGGAAUCCUACCAGUGUUCUUAUGGCCUGAAAACCCAACAGCAUCCGCUGAUCUCACUGCUCCAGCACUCCAGUGCCAACAUGCAUGAUGUGGCCAACAAGAUCAUUGGCAUUUGUCAGCACCACGACAAAGGCAUUCGGGACUACAGCAUAGAGUUCUUAAGACCAGUCUUCCUGUACGUACUCUGCAAUCCCCAAACUCUGCACGAUGUGAAGCCCAUUUGGACUUGUCUGCUGAAUCUUAGUGGCAAUCAACCAGAGGCUCGUGCUCUGAUGCAGGAGCUGCUGGCAUGGAGCAAGUUCAACAACGCCAGCACUUGCCUGUGCACCAGCAUCCUGGUCAUCGAGGCCAUCGACCACUUCCUGCAGCGAGAGGAUCACGCCCAGUCCAUCGACUUGGGGCUCUAUCAGGCAUGUCUCAUCAAACAGCUGGCAAAUUUUGGCAUCGAUCCGCGACCCAGUCUGCAGUGCCUGCUUCGAGUGCUCCAUGCCACGCGGGAAUACACCAAGGAUCACUAUCACGUCCUCCUGGUGCUCCUGGCUGAGGUCUUGCACGUGCUGUCUCCUUUUUACUUGGCGGAUCUGCUGCGCAUCAUCGUUUUCGUGGUGGUGCAGGAGCGCUGUGGCCAUGAAUACAUUCUGAACAUGUGUCUGGACGGAAUUAUUCAGUGGAUGUCUCAGACUGCAUUCAUACCCGCAGAGGGCUUGGCUUUGGCCCACCAGAUAGUCCAAAAGGUGUUGGACACUGAGAGAUCGGAUCAGGAGGGGGAGAUAAUCUCCACCAAGCAGUUGAAGCCCGCUCACAUGCGCAACUAUCACCCGGACAUAGCGAUCGCCUUUGAUUUGGCCAAUUUGGUGGAGUCCUUUGACGCCUCCGACAACCAGGAUGUGUUUGUCUUUGUGGACGCCCUGAAUGUAAAGGCCAACACGGCCUUUUGUCAGCGUCUACACCUCUUCCUGCGUGCGCUCUUCCUAUCGAAAAAGCCGCCUGUGGAUUGCUGGUUUAAAAUCUACGAGGUGAUCCUGCAAAUCGUCAAGGUGAACGAGGGCAUUGCCUACGAUUUCCUCAUGACGUACAUCUUUAAGCUGGCCCAAGAAAACAAUCCGGAGUUGCAGCUGGAACUGCUUAGAGGAUUGGCCAGCUUUGCCGUUUCCAAGGACAAUGUACCCAUGAUACUUAACACCAUAAGGAAUCUAUCCACCGAGAACGGCACAUUCUGCGUAGAUUUGUAUUUGCGUUUAUGGAGAGUGGAAGCGCGUACUUAUCCCUUCCUGCUGAAGCAGAUAGCCCAGCCACUGCCAGAGAAUGACAAACGAUGGGAGCUGCAGAUCGCCCGCACCCAUGCCAUGCGGGAAAUCUGUCAGGAAAAACCCACUUUACAUGGCUCGGAGUUGCUGCCGCAUCUCAGCAACACUCUCAACAAUUCCUUUGACGAGGCGGGGGAUCUGGCCACCUCCUUGGCCCUGGAUGCCAUAUACGCCUUGUGUGAUAGUCACACCGUAAACAUUGCUUCCACUUGGCAGGCUUUGGGCAGCAAAUUCCGGAACGAGCAGCGGCCGCAGACGCUUAAAUCGCUGUACAGACUCUUCGGACUGGUUCCCCUGCUGCAGACUCCAACGCUGGAGUACGAGAAGCUGGCGGAUGAUGGUUUGGAGCAGCUGUGGCAAGCCAUUAGCCGACCGGGCACAGAUGCGUCACAGGUGCGGAAUGCCCUGGUUGCCCUAAAAAACUACGAGCCGGGAAUCACUUUAAAUCUACGCCACAUUCCAGCACAAUUUCGUUUCGAAAUUGUUGGAGGCGGAGUGGGCAUCGGAGGGCCUGGUGGUCGGGAAGUGGUGGAUCUCCAGCAGGAAACGGUGCCCGGUGAGGUGUGGGUCCAGCUACUGCAGAAGAUUCGUCCGGAGUGUGGAGAUGCGGCGGCAGAUUUGAUUUCCCACCAUAUAGCCAACGAGAUUGGCGGUUUCCGGAGUGGUGUUUACCGCCUACCAGAGGGAAAGCCAGAGCCUCGUAAGCUGGUGGGUUUGUUUGCCACGAGUCCACUCCGAGCUGUCACAAACUAUUUUGUGAGCCAAGCGCGCUUUGGAGACUACGUUCCAGAACCGUACGCCGUGACCUUUGCCCUGCGGUCGCUGUCCAAAAAGUUUCCCAAACCCAUUCCCCCGCUGGACUGGAGCUGCCUGACGAGUUUCUUCCACUUAUCCUUCGAUGCUCGGAAAUAUUGCAUCAUGAUAGCCAAAAACCAGGCCGUGAACUCGGGAACUGCCAAGCGCCUGUUGGAGAACUUCCUGGUAGACUUUGAGCCCAACUGCUUCGAGGAGGAUCUCCUGCUCCUGUUCUCAUUGUUGCCGGAAAUAGCCAACAGUGUGAGCCUGCAGAUCCUGAAGAACUUUGCCGAGAAGGUGGCCGUUUACUGCUUUAAGGAAUCGCAGCUUAAUGACUUUGCCGAAGGAUGCCUGUUUGAAAAGUUCUUGGAAAGCGUUAAGUACAUCUUCACUGGCAAAUGCGAUGUACCCGAAGUGCUUGAUGUUUUUACGCUGAUUGUGGAGCGCUACAUGGACUCUAUGAAUCUGGAUUCCAGGCUCUUCGAACGCUACACCGAAGUGGUGGCCACGCUGCAUCCCAAUGCCAUUGAUGGUCUUACGACGCCUGCAAAUUGGUGGGAAACGCCGGUGGGCAAGCUGAAAAAAGCCACCAUUAUUCGCUGCUAUUUGGUUUUGUACAACGAUAAGCUACCGAAUCCCCUAAAGUGGCUCACACCCAUCAUUGAUGCCUAUGAGAAACGGGCGGAGGAGAGGCCUUUUUUCUAUCGCCACCUGUCCGCAACACUAUAUGCUUUUGGCAGCGAUGAGCACGCCAGCAACUGGAUAGCGGAGAUGUUCCUGGAGAUCCAGAUGCUGUUGGCCGAGGCCUCCAACAAGGAAAAGGCAAACCGGGCUCUGUACUUGCUGGAUAUCUUCAUCCUAGCCGUGGAUGUGCUUUCUGGCUGUGCCGUGCUGCUGGGCAGCGUGGAUGUGGUGGCCACGGAUGACAAACAGCGACUGUUGCUCUUCCCGGAGAGCCUGCAGUACCUGUGCGAUCAUAUCUUUUGGAAGGAUCAGGAGGCCAAGAUCUACGAAUUCCUCUUUAAUCUCUACAAGCACACGUCCAUGCCAUCCACCUAUGCCGAUGUUUUUAGGGAAGCCAUCAUUUGCUCCCGGAAUAAGGCAUAUUUUGAUAACAAGGGUGUCUGGACCAAAUACGUAGGACUGCGUAAAUGAACACGACCACCACUCACCGCAUUUAAACCCUCUCUGCCCACGCCUAAAGUGCACUUAAAUGGCUACAAACCAACCGCCUACCGUCAAUGUUAGUCAACUUUUGAUAGCAAAUGCGUUCCUUGUUAUUUGUAUGUGUUUAAAGUUCAAGCCCUAACGUAUAUUAAAUGCAUUUUUGCGCACA